AUGGAUCUUGUUGUGACCGUCACAAGCAAGGGGAUCGUGGAUGUUUGGAGAUUAAAUGGGCAGAAAGUCUUUGGUUCAAAUUUCCCCAAAGAUGAGGGAAAGAGUGGUGGCGUUGGCGGGAAUGCGGGAGCAAAUAAAAGCGCUGGAGGAAACGUAAGGGCAGUUGCGUGGAGACGGGAUGGUCAAAUACUUGCGAUCGCUUGUGCGGAUGGCAGUCUGUCGCUCAUAAAUACUUUCACCGGCAAGAUUGCCCAUCGAAUAUCUAGUCGAAAUCAGAAACCCCUGCCUUCGACUUCAUCACCGGUACCGUCACAGACCCAAACACCGAGGCGGAGUUCCAGAAUCCACUCCUUCCCUACGUCGCAGGCAACGUCCAUAUGUCGAACCAUCACAACCAUCGCCUGGACCACACACUUCGUCGACCCCUCCCCGACUACCGUUCGCUCUCAUCUCAAUGCGCCAAAUUCAACCGUCGUACUCGACCAAAUUCUUAGCCUCCGCGCUGACGUGGAUAGACUUCUGCAGCUGAAAUCUGAUCUGCCCCGCGAACUGAGCAGUAUUGACGUGGAGGUGUCCUUGCCAAAGCUUGCGACGCUGCCACCUACAGGUCUUGGAGCGGAUGAUGAUGUGUUUAGUUCCCGGGCCAGUGUGGAUGUUUUGUUUCAUGGGGGAAGCAAUACUGGCUCGGGCGGGGUUGGGGGUGUUGAUGCCUUGCUCGUCGGUUCAAGCGACGCAGAUGGUGGAUGUAAUGUGCAGUUAAGGGUCUUUGAUUCCUUCGAGAUUGGAACUGUCGAUUUGAAGGGCAUUUUCCCUUCGGGCUUAGCAAUUGGAAGCGCGUUGAGGGUGAUGAGAAUGGAAAGCCAUCCAUUCAUGUCGACGGUGUUCUUGAUCAUGGAACAGUCGCCGAAAGAUGAGGCCGAAUCGUCGUUACAUCUGCUCAGCCUUGAUCUGAGCUUCAUCCCGCAAACGGGGCGGAACUUACCACUUGUGGCGAGGAAAGUUUCACAGCUCGGAAAUCUGCUGAGAUACAUCUCACAAGUGCGGACGCAGUUGGUUGCCGAGAUCAAAGCUGCUUUCGACUUACCUGGCAGAUUCCUCCGCAAUAUCAACGAAUCGCUGGCUGAAGGGGAUGAGGAUGCGGACUUCAUAUACGCAGCCCAUCAUCUCGCCGUCACUGGAGUUUGCGAUCCGAAACUGAAGGAUUGGUUGGUUGACGAGGUUGGGGAUAGGGGUUUGAAGCGGUGGGAGAACGCUGUGGGGGACUGUCUUGAGGUUGUGAGGAGGAUGACGAGUGAGUGUCUCCUUCCUGCGCUCGAGAGGAGUCUUGCUGUGUUAUCAAGGCUCGACGGCCUUGCCAAGUUUGGGCCCACGAGUUCGAAGCUCGGACUCGACGAGAGGAAUAUAAAGAGGGUGACGGAAACGAUCGAUGCGUUGGGUAUCCUCGGCGAGGAUCUCUUGCUCGAUGUCAUCGUCGAAACGAGAGAGUUUGCGGCCUUUAUCAAGUGGUUGAAGUGGGAGUGUGAAGUUGAGGCAAUGGAGGAAGGCAGCGAGAGGGCGGAAGAGGUGAGGGAGUCGUGGACGGGAGAGGGAGAGUUGAGGCUGGUAUUGGAUUAUGUCGGAGGCGCAAUAAAGGACAGUCGGCUAAAGAAAUACCUUUUGGAAGAGGGCAAAGCGCAAGAAGGUGGGAUGUUUGCAUCGUUUGAUGAUGAUUCGGAUCUAGGAUUCUACACCGAAUACGUGAAACGCAGAGCAAGCGGCAGCAGGGGCAACAGCAUGCCUACAGUGGGGGAACUGGUCGACAGAUUGCAGAGGCAAUGUGACGCGGUCUUUGCGCAGAUUGCGGAGACACUCAGGAAAAGUAUCCUCUCGAGCUAUCUGCUGGAGCUGCCUAGGCAGUGCAAUGGUGAGAAUAUGGACAUCAGAGUCAUUCCCGACUCGAUCGAUCCAAGUCUUUACCGCCUCUUUGUGUUAUCCAAGGACCGCCAGGAGAAAGCCCAUCUGCAACAGGUCGUGGUCAAGCUACACCAAGGAGCCGGAAAGGGUGUUCAGCACACAAUGGAGUCGAAAUCACUCGCGAUUCCGAAUGUGCAGGAGAUUUUCGACGCGAAAUUCGUUGACGACGACGCAUUCCUGGUCCUUGCUGAGACAGGUUCUGAUGUCAAAAUUUACUGGAAAGAGAUUAGUGUUGACGGCGAAGGAUCCUGGGAUGUCCGGCACGUCUUCCAGCGAGGGAAAAUAGAUGGUGUCAUGAAGCCCGUGAGGCUCGAUGUGAAUGGGCGAGUGGGGAGACGAGUGGUCGCUGUCCUCGAUGAGGCUGGGCUGGGAUAUGCGGUCUUGGACCUGGACGCUGACGACAGUCCGGGCGAUACUGAUAGCGGAGAAGACGAGCUUAUGACAGAGUGA